AUGAUUCUCCGGCGUUAUGGGCCCUACGCGGUUUUCGCCGUUCUGGUCGUUGUGUUGUUCUAUGGCUAUACUACUAGAGAGCUGCAGCCGCUGGCAGCAGAAGCAGGACAACAGACAACCAAUGCCCACGCGUGUGUGGUAUCGCCAAGGACCCCUUUGAAGAUUGUGCCCACUGGCGAUUCCAUCACGGAGGGCGAGGGCAGUAGCGAUUACAAUGGCUAUCGACUGUUCCUCUAUCAGCACCUCAUGGAAGACUGUGCCGAUAGGAGCGUGGAGUUUGUUGGGACACGACGCUCGGGACUCUCUCCUGACCCCAGCAUCAAAGGUCUGGAGGAGACGGAAGGCUACAGCGGCUGGGACAUUGAGCGUCUGCUCAAUUUCAGCAUGGACCCAAUCGCCCAGACUCUUCAGCGCGAGCCCAACGUUAUGCUUCUACACAUCGGAACCAACAAUGUCGCCCCGCUCCCACUGCGCCCUCCCGACAUCGUCGAGCCAGCACAAUCGCCAGAGAAGCUCGAGCAGCUAAUCGACGAAAUCCUCCAACUCGCCCCCUCCAUCGUCCUCAUCGUCGCUCAAAUCAUCACCUCGCCGAACUUCGGCUGGAAAGACAACACGCCCAUAUUCAACGCUCCAAUACCGGACAUGGUGGACAGGAAGAAGGCGAAAGGAUAUAAGAUAUUGACGGUGAACAUGAGUUCUGUGGGCACAGAGUGUGUCCGAGAUUUUGAUAAUUCGCCUGUGGAUUGCGAGGACAUGAAUGGUGAUGGACUGCAUCCUAAAGAUGAAGGGUACCGGAAGAUGGCGAGGUUCUGGUAUGAGGCUUUAGUGGAGGCGACGAAGAAAGGGUAUUUCGAGCCGUCCCAUUGA